AUGACUGGCAUAAGAUCCACGCGAGAGCAGCUCUCGCUGAUAGACGACGCGUACAGCGUCGCUGGUGAAGCUGUGUACACGUCAGACCCUGAUGACCAACUGCCGUCGUUGGACGGCUAUCAACUUCCGCCCUCCUUCAAAGCACGUAAGCGGCAAAGUACCUCCAUAACGCGGCACUAUCUGACGUCGUCAUUAUGGCAUGCUUUUGACUGCACUGGCCCUUUUUUGUGGCCUCAGAAAUUGUACAUAUGGAUUUCUGCACACGCAUUGUGUGAACCUCUCAUAUGUUCGUGCGCAGCGGCGUUGUCAUCAUUCAUCUUGGUGCUUUGCAUUGCCCUGGUCGUGUCGUGCGUGCGCCACAUCCAAGACCCUGAUAAGGCAUUGAUGCCGUGGCGCCAGAUGUGUGCAAGCCAGCCAGCAUUCUUGAACAGCGCAGUCGAUCAUCUAGAUCCUGUCGAUUUUCUCAUUGGCGUGAUGAGCGUGGACCAUUUGGCUGAGCGCCGCAAUGUCAUUCGGAACACGUACGUGCGCCACACGCUACCUCUUCAUGCACAGACAGGGCGCCCACUAAGCCAGGCUCAAGUCAAGUUUGUCCUGGGACGCCCUCGCAAGGAGUAUGAACAUGCUAUUGCGAUGGAAAUGGAAAUGUACAAUGACCUCAUCGUGCUGGAUAUAAAAGAGUCGCAGUGGAGCGACAAAACCCUCGGCUUUCUACGCUGGGCCGCCGAAAACGCCACCGUCCCCGUGCUCGUGCCAUCUUCGUCGCCUUCGGCCGUACACAUCGGCCACAAGACCUACGAAGUGCGUCAAAAAUUCGUGAAUUAUGUUCUGAAAGCCGAUGACGAUGCGUUUAUCGUUCUCGAGGAGCUGGAGCGCCGGCUCCGUGCUAUUCCGCGCCAGCUCUCGCAUUGGGGCUACAAAAUUGCUGACUGGUUCAUGGGCGGCGAGCUGUAUGCGCUAUCGCACGACCUCGUGCAGUUCAUUGCCGCCUCUCCUGAGAUCAGUAAGUGGCCCGCGCUCAAGGAGGAUGAACAAGUGCCCAGGUGGCUUGCGCUGCAUCCCCGCGCCAGCGAUAUCGUGUGGACGACAGAGCACUGUUGGAUCUACGAUCAUCCACGCGCCAAGACGCCAUACGCGCACGGUUUCCUGUUCCCGCAGCAUGUCGAAACGAUCAGGCGCGAGUAUGCGCAGGGCUUAUCGCCUGAUGAGCUCUCUCGACGAGGCGGGCCGCGAAAGGCAGACGCCUACUCGACCACGACGCGGUGGGGACAGGCAUACACGCCUCCAUCUCCAGGGCUGACCCCCGAAGAGUCGGUCGAGGCCCUCGUCGAGGGUGGCGGGCGCUGGCGGGACCAGUGGCAUCGACAGGCACAUGAGCCUGAUGCACCGCUCGAUGUGCCGCGCCGCACGGUAUGGCCUGGCAAUGCUACGCAUGACCUGCAGCCGACGUAUGAGCCAGAAGCGGGACUGGCUGUGGUGGAGCGGGAGCCCAGCAUCGGAGCGCAGCGCCAUGAGGCAGGCACGUUUCCGGUAUGGGGCCCGCCGCUGCGUGCGUAUUCACAUCAGCUGUAUAACGAGCGGUAUGUGAACGGCACGCUAGGCGGCACGGUCGCGGUGCAUUUUCUCAAGCAAAAUGCAUGGUUUUACGAGACAGCUUUAGCCCUGAUCGGGUCGCAGCGGACAUGGGCGCUCGGCGGCGCUGCCACCGAGUGGCGCAUGCAUGAGAGUCCGGUACGGAUUCGGUAG